AUGAACGGCUCGGAGGUGGCAUCGGGCGACGGGACAGCGGGGACAGCGGAGGGGCUGCUGGCGGGUGCCCUGGAGCUGGAGCGGGCCCUGAGGUGUUGUACCCCGGCUUCGGCGGUGACAGACGGCGGGGAGGCUGCGGGGGACGAGCGGAACCUGUACAUCAUGCGGGUGGUGCAGAUCGCCGUCAUGUGCGUCCUGGCUCUCACCGUCGUUUUCGGCAUCUUCUUCUUGGGCUGCAACCUUCUCAUCAAGUCCGAAGGGAUGAUUAACUUUCUGGUGAAGGAGCGCAGACCCUCCAAGGAGGUGGAAGCGGUGGUGGUGGGACCCUACUGACCGCCCCGACGGCCCCGCCGCCGCCCCCCUCACCACAGAGCCUUCCUCCUCGGGACAGACUGGGCUUUUUUUUUUUGUUUUUUUGUUUUUUUUUUUAAUUUUCUCUCCUUAAAAACAACAACGAACGAACCCCGAGAUCCCCCGGUGAGAC